AUGCAUUCCGAUCCGAGAUUAGCCAGUCCAAAUGGGGCUUUAAAUGUAUUCCUUUUUGGAUCUUUGCCGUUGUCAUUCGAUCAUUCGGAGUUUCAUCGGAUCCAAAACACUGUUCGCGGUGAUGAUAGUGUUUCAUGGAUUCCGAAGGUUGUAUCAGAGCUACCGGAAGUAUGGCAAUCAAUCUCUGCGGCUCUCGGUGUUCCCGGAGAACGGGUCGUCCAAGGCUACAUGCAGCUCGUUGACCUCAAGAAUGCUUUCAACUCUGGCGUUGCGCUGACUACCUCGUACCCAUUACCAAAUAAACUUCUAGUUCCACUGGCAACCAUCGACCAACUUACUCAGUAUAUCGGCUUCAACAAAAAAGCGUACACUUCCCAGGACGGCGAAGCUGACUGGAUAUCACGGGCUACCGCGAACGGCGAAACGCUGGGAUUUUGCACGGGGCUGCUCAGCGCGGCGGCCGUGUCCAGUUCCAAGUCUCGCUCAGAUUUCGAGAGAUAUGGUGCAUCUGCAAUUCGGCUGGCCGUUGCAGUUGGCGCAAUUGCUGAUAUGGAUGCCAAAGCAUCAGCUCUGUCGCCACAGCCCACCAGGUGCCUCGGCACAGAAUGGAAUUCCGACUCCAAACUGAGCGACCUCUGCAAGAUCAUAGACAGCCGAGAUGAUACAUACAUCUCUGUCAACUACGACUACAACCGCGCCACGGUUACUACGUCGUUGGCGGCGAUGGCUCAAGUGCAGCAAAACAUGAGAUCAGCAGGAUUGCCAGCUUCGGAGAUAGGUUUGCGUGGUCGAUAUCAUUCCAAAGAGCAUGCGGAAGCACUGAACGCCCUUCUUCAACUCUGCGACGACCGCCCCGAAUUCCAGUUCCGCGACUGUUCUGACCUCGCGAUGAAAUCGCGAUCCAAUACUGGAGGUCAAUAUUUUACAUCCGGACCACUUCAUCACCAUGUUCUAAGAUCAAUAAUCUUGGAGCCGCCUAAUUGGUACAAGACUGUGAAGACCUUGGAAUCAGAGGUGCUCUCACAAGAUGAGAAAGCAACUGUAGUAGCUUUUGGACCGGAGCGACCACUGCCGCCUUCCCUAUCACCAUCACUAAGCGCGCGCUGCAUUCAUGUGUCUGAGUCUAGGAACGCGCCGGUCAAAAGCAUCCGCCAGGACAGGUCUGGAGGCGUAUAUCCUGACACCGACAUUGCUGUUGUGGGAAUGUCAUGCAAAGUCGCCGGGGCGGAUGAUCUAGAAGAGUUCUGGGAAGUGCUCUCUUCCGGUAAAUCGCAGCACAAAGAAGUUCCAUCGGACAGGUUCACCUUUGAGACUGCUUUCAGAGACAUGGACGCAAAGAGAAAGUGGUUUGGAAACUUUAUUCGCGGACAUGAUGAGUUCGACAAUAAGUUCUUCAAGACCAGCCCCCGCGAAGCCGCGACGACAGAUCCGCAACAACGACAACUCCUUCAAGUGGCAUACCAGGCCGUUGAACAGUCUGGAUACUUCCAUAAAGAACAAGACGAUAGCUCACGAGAAGUGGGUUGCUACAUUGGUCUUUGUGGAACCGACUACGAGAACAACAUUGCCUGUUAUCCGGCCAACGCCUUUUGUGCCACUGGCAACUUGGAAGGCUUCGCGGCCGGAAAGAUCAGUCACUAUUUCGGCUGGACAGGACCGGCAUUUGUCGUUGAUACGGCAUGUUCAUCAUCUGCUGUUGCUAUCCAUCAGGCGUGCCGAGCUAUUCUGAGCGGAGAGUGUAGUGCUGCUCUGGCUGGAGGCACGCAUGUCAUGACGAGUCCGUAUCGGUUCCAAAAUUUGGCUGGCGCUUCAUUUUUGAGCACCACAGGACAAUGCAAGCCAUUUGACUCAAAGGCGGAUGGCUAUUGCCGAGGGGACGGCAUCGGAGCAAUCUUCCUGAAGAAGCUUUCUGUUGCUAUUGCUGACGGAGAUCAAGUUCUUGGAGUCAUUGCAGCAACGGGCGUGCAACAGAACCGAAACUGUACACCCAUCUUCGUCCCAAAUUCACCCUCCUUGUCUGAUUUAUUCAGAAAUGUAUCUACCAAGGCAAAUCUUGAACCCGAAGCAAUCACUGUGGUGGAAGCGCAUGGUACUGGGACAGCUGUCGGUGAUCCAGCGGAAUAUGAGAGCGUUCGACAGGUUCUCGGAGGCACCAACAGGAGUAGUUCUCUAGUUCUGGGAUCUGUCAAGGGAUUCAUUGGACAUACGGAGCCAGUGUCUGGAGUUUUGUCGUUGAUCAAGGUACUUCUGAUGAUGAACAAGGGUUACAUACCACCGCAAGCAAGCUUUGAGACCAUCAACCCAAACAUCAAAGCCCAGCCCUCUGACAAAAUCGUCAUUCCCACUUCCCUCAGGCCUUGGAACGCCGAGUUUAAGGCUGCACUCAUUAACAACUACGGUGCUUCCGGCUCCAAUGCUUCCAUGGUGUUGACUCAAGGCCCUUCAAAGCUUCCCAGGCCAGCGCAGCACGAGUCGAGCGACAAGAAGUAUCCGUUUUGGCUGUGCGGAUUAGAUGAUUCUAGUGUACGACGUUAUGCAACAGCACUAUUGAAGUACAUUAGCAAUCGCAAAGGAUCAUCUCGUGAUCCCGAGCUGACUUUGAGGGACGUCUCCUUCAAUCUGGCCCGCAAGACCAACUGGACACUUGCGCGAAACUCAAUAUUUAGUGCCAAGUCGCUCGUUGAAUUAUCACAUGCUUUGAGCUCCAUUGCCGAUAAUAAAGGUGGCUUCUCUACGAGCGCUUCAAAGCCAGAACGACCAGUGGUGCUCUGCUUCGGCGGUCAGAUAUCUACCUUUGUUGGAUUGGACAAGGAACUAUAUGACAGAGUCAAGAUUCUGCGCCAGCAUUUGGAUGCAGUAGAUACUGCUGCAAAGAGACUAGGUGCAGGAACCAUAUUCCCCGACAUCUUCCACCGCGAACCAGUAAAGGACACAGUGAAGCUACAGACAAUACUCUUCGCCAUUCAGUAUGCAAGCGCCAAGUGCUGGAUCGAUUCUGGGGUUAAACCUGUUGCACUGGUGGGACACAGCUUUGGCGAGCUGACAGCAUUGUGCGUGUCUGGUAUUCUGACUAUGGAGGACUGUCUCAAGGCUGUGAUAAAGAGAGCUACCCUGGUACGAGACUUCUGGGGUGCUGAGAAGGGCGCCAUGAUGGCAAUCGAGGCUGAUCUGGAGAAGGUCCAAGACGUGCUUCAAAAGGCUGCCAUGUCUCUUGGAUCGAGCAACUCAGACCCGGCGUCGAUUGCCUGUUAUAACGGACCUAGAAGCUUCACAUUAGCUGGAUCAGUCGAGUCCAUUGAUGCAGUUGCUAAGGUCCUGGAGUCUGAGCCCCCAAAGACAAUCAGGUCGAAGAGGCUGAACGUGACAAACUCAUUCCACUGCAGUCUUGUCGAUAACAUUGACGCUCAGCUGAACGAGUGUGGACUCGGCCUUGCGUUCCAGAAGCCUACAAUUCCGCUGGAACAUGCGACUGAGCAGCCAUUGGAAGAAGUGACUUCGAGCUUCUUCGCCAAGCAUCUCCGCUCUCCUGUAUUCUUCGAUCGGGCGUUGAAGAGGAUAACCAGCAGACAUCCAUCCUGUGUGUUCUUGGAAGCCGGAUCAAACUCUACAGUCACGAAUAUGGCGGCCCGUGCUCUGGGGAACAGUGGCGAUUUACAUUUCCAGGGCGUAAACAUUACUGGUGAGCCAGGUACAGCGUGGAACAACCUGGUUGACUGCACUUUGAGCCUCUGGAAGGAGGGCCUUGAUAUUGGUUUCUGGUCCCAUCACGGCUCUGCUGUUCUCUCUCACGAGCCUCUUCUCCUACCGCCCUAUCAGUUUGAGCAAGCAAAACACUGGAUGGAGCUGAAAGCCCCCCAGAAGGCCAUCUUGGAAGUUCCUCAGAGCAACAAGCCUGACGAAAAUGAGAGCAGCCUCUUCCAGUUUGCUGGCUACACGGACAACAAGAAACAAGCAGGGCGAUUCCGUAUCAAUACCUCGUCGAAGCAAUAUGAGAGACUAGUUUCAGGCCAUGUUUUUGCAGAGACAGCAGCCAUUUGUCCGGCCACCGUACAGCUUGACUUUGUCAUCGAGGCUAUUCGCAGCUUGAAUCAAGAGCUGGCAUCCGAACAAUUGCAGCCACAGCUUCACAACGUCCAAUGCCAAUUGCCUGUGUGCGUGGAUGCCAGCCGUACUCUGUGGAUUGACUUCAAGGAGACUGCAGGCGAUGGUCGUUCACUCUGGAAGUUCAGCAUUGUCAGCACCGAGGCAUCGUCAAAGACCGACAAGGGCUUGUCGGUUCACACAACCGGUACACUUAGAUUCGUCCCAACCGACGAUUCAUCAGCCGAGUUGGAGUUUUCUCGACUUCAGCGUCUGGUCGGCAGCCGACAGUGUCUUGAAUUGUUAAACAGCGGAGAUGUCGAGGAAGUGCUUCUCAACAGAAGUAUUUACAAGAUAUUUGCCGAGAUUGUCAACUACACAGACGAUUAUCGCGGCGUGCAAAAGCUUGUUAGUCGUGGUAAUCAGUCUGCUGCACACGUCGUUCGACAACACGACGCAACAACAUGGUUGGAUGCCCAUCUGGCCGACUGCUUAUGCCAGGUCGCAGGUAUAUGGGCAAACUGUAUGACAGACUGCAGCUCAGCUGAUAUGUAUGUUUGUAAUGGCAUGGAACACUGGUUCCGCAACCCAAGUCAGUCUGGUAACAAGGACAAGCCCGGACGUCCUGCGGCUCUUAAUGUGCUCGCUGUACACCACUACCCGUCGGAGAAAGCAAUCCUAUCAGACAUUUUCGCAUUUGAUGCAAAGACUAAUGACCUGGUCGAAGUCAUUACUGGAAUAAGCUACGUCAAGGUUUCAAGGGCGUCUAUGAGCAAAGUACUCUCAAGAUUAACGCCGGGUCUUUUGUCUGCGACAGCUAGAAAGGAGCAAUCUCCCGCAACGUCGGGUCCUAUUCCGGCGACAAACAUUGACAAUGCUCGCCAAGUGGAUGGACCUGCAUCAGUGAUCAAGACUCAAGAGCCGGUUACCUCCCCCAAAGCAGCCAAAAAAUCUGCAAGUUCAGGAAUUGCUUCGCAGCUCAGGAAAAUUAUAUCGGAACUUUCAGGCGUUGAAGAAGGCGAGAUCCAAGCCGACAGUGCUCUGGCAGAUCUCGGCAUCGACUCGUUGUUGGGUAUGGAGCUGGCUCAUGAGGUGGACUCUGCUUUCAAGAUCAAUAUCCCCGAGGCUACACUGAUGGAAAUUACCGACUUCCCGGGCUUGCUCAAGGUGGUCGCGGAGCUCCUAGGAGAAUCCGUGGAGCAAGAUGCCGGGGAUGAGGGAGGCAAUGAACAAAUUGCUUCCAGCAGCACAAGCGAGUUCGGUGACCGAAGCAACUCUGAGUGCUCUGGAUUUCAGACUGGAGUCAGCACUCCAGCUCUGUCUGAACCAGAAGUUCCAUUCGACCUGAAGCUGUCACAUGAACUGGUUAUGCAGACAUUUACCGCGGUAAAGGAGAAGACUGAUGACCGUAUCGUGGAGCAUGGCCAGGAGAAUUACGCCACAGUCGCUGAACCUAUGCAGACCGAGCUUUGUAUAUCGUUGACACUUGAUGCACUGGAUGACUUGGGAUACAGUGUCAGGAAUGCUCCUGCUGGUUCUUCCAUCACCCGCGUGCCACACCCGGCCGAGCAUUCACGGUUAGUAGAUGCCUUGUACGCCAUGCUGGAGAAAGAAGGCAAGCUUGUUACGGUGGAUGGAGACCGAAUCACUCGAACAGGUACACCAUGCCCCGUUCAAUCCAGCCAGGAGAUUUUCGAAAGCCUCCUAUCCCGGUUCCCUGAUCAGCAUGUAGCUGACAAGCUUACAUACUAUGCGGGCUCCCGCUUGGCCGAUGUCUUGCGAGAGAAGACCAACGGCAUCAAGCUCAUCUUCGGCUGCACCGAAGGUCGUGAUUUGGUUUCCCGAUUCUACGCCGAGUGGCCCCUGCACAAGCUGCUUUACCGACAACUCCAAGACUUUGUGCGUCGUCUCGCGGAGGAACUGAAAGCCGUGAGUGGCGGCCCUCUCAAGAUCCUGGAGAUGGGAGCAGGAACAGGAGGCACCACGAAGCUUCUCUUGCCGAUCCUUGCUGAAGUCAACCUGCCGGUCGAGUAUACUUUCACAGACUUGGCUCCUUCGUUCGUGGCGGCGGCACGCAAAACCUUCAAGGACUAUCCAUUUAUGAAGUUCCGCCAACACGACAUUAGCAACCCUCCUCCGGAAGACUUAAUUGGCACGCAGCAUCUGAUCAUUGCAAGCAACGCGGUCCAUGCCACGCCCAAUCUGAAGACGUCGACAGGAAACAUUCGCAAGGCACUGCGAGAGGACGGCAUGCUCCUCUUGGUUGAAAUGACGGGUCGCGUGUGGUGGAUGGACCUUGUCUUUGGGCUCUUCGAGGGCUGGUGGCUGUUUGACGACGGCCGGGAGUAUGUCGUGCAAGAUGAGAGACAGUGGGAGAGAGACCUGCAAUCAGUUGGUUAUGGGGUUGUCGACUGGACUGAUGGCGCCCGACCCGAGAACAAGCUCGAGAGGCUCAUCAUCGCCUCAGCCUCCAGAAGUAAUAGGUGCGCAUCACUACCAACUCCUCCGCCAUGUACCAAGAGCCCUUCAGCUGACUGCGAGUUUCGAGGAGCAGCCGUUAGAGAGUAUGUGGAGGACCUCUCCAAGGGCUUCAUCGAGUCCCUUGAUGUUGGGGCUGCGCUGAGUGGAGGAGAAGGUGGAAGGAUGAGGCGAGGGGAUGGAAAGCGUGUUCUCAUCACUGGUGGAACGGGAAGUCUAGGUGCGCAUAUUGUUGCCAACUUGGCUUCGCGUUUGGAUGUAAGGGAAGUUGUUUGUCUGAAUAGGAGAAGCAAGGUGGAUGCUAUGCUGCGCCAAAAGCAAAGCAUGCUUGACAAGGGUCUCAACCUGCCCGGGGAAGCCCUGGAGAAGUUGAGGGUAUACGAGACGGACUUAUCAAAGCAGUUUCUGGGUCUUUCUGAGACUGAUUACCACAGCUUGACCACGUCGGUCAGUCAUAUCAUUCACAAUGCCUGGCUGAUGAAUACCAAGUGGCCGCUCAAACGAUUCGAACCACAGCUCCGCAUCAUGAAAAACAUGAUUCACCUGGCUCGGGAUAUUUCACUGCGCAACAAGUCGACGGAAAAGGUCUCGUUUCAACUUGUCUCUUCGGUAGCCGCCGUCGGUCACUGGCCUGUAUGGUCAGGAGAGGCGACGGUUCCCGAGGAGCGCAUGACUAUUGACUCUGUUCUACCCAUUGGAUACGGCGACGCCAAACACACCUGCGAGAAACUGUUGGAUCAAACGCUACACUUGUUCCCAGAGCGCUUCCGCGUUACAGUUGUCCGGCCAGGGCAAAUCGCUGGCUCUAGCAGCUCAGGAUACUGGAAUUCCAUGGAGCAUGUGCCUUUCCUCAUCAAGUCUUCACAGACGCUGGGGGUUCUUCCUAACCUCCCUGGCCAUCUCGCUUGGGCUCCAGUUGAUGCGGUAGCUGGAACUGCAGUGGACAUCUUGACCCUACCGGACAAUGUGCAAGCUCACCCUGUGUAUCACAUUGACAACCCCAAGAGACAAUCCUGGUCCGAGAUGAUUACCAUGUUGGGAAGGACUCUCAAUAUCCCGGACGACAAGAUUAUCCCAUUUGCGGACUGGAUUAAUGUGGUGCGAAUCAAUGCCAAGAAAAGCAACGGGCCUGAUGAAGAAAACCCGGCCUCCAUGUUGGCCGACUUCUUUGAGCACGAUUUCGUGCACAUGUCGUGUGGUGCCAUGGUCCUGGGUACUGACAAAGCCUGCGAGCAUUCCGUUACUUUGAGAAGUUUGGGUCCUGUCACUGAAGCACUGCUGGGAUCCUACGUGAGCAAUUGGCAGAAAGUUGGGUUUUUGAGAUGA